CCAGCUCAAGCCGCGACGAAAAGUGGUGGUUGGGCUCUUGGGAAACGGGGCUCGGGGAACCGGCCAUUUUGGCCGCCAGGGGCGAUGGCGAGGAUCGCACCGUACUCAGAGGAUCAGCCGCCGGCGCCCGCGCCGGCGAGCACGGCCAAGAAGACCGCCCGAAUGUCGAUGGCACCUCCCACUAUGGAACCAGAAGGAAGUAGAUCGAAAUCCGGCUGCACGUGGUUGCGAAAUUGUCGAGAAGCUUGUAUCGAGUCACAGACUGGCCAAGCCGUUCGAAAAUUCCUUCGUGGUAGGCCUUUCAGCAUCGUGGCGAUGAUCGCCUUGUUUUUAGCUCUCUUCCUUGGGGAGAUUUUUGUCGUGUGCCAGGUCCCUUCGAACACCGAACAGGAUGUGGUACUCACCAUUGUCUUUGCCCUCUUCAUUUUUGAAUGGGUUGGGCUGACAUUGACGGAUGCCAAUUAUCUCUUCGGCUUCUUUUUCGUCAUGGACUGUGUAGGGACCGCCUCAAUGGUGCUCGACAUCACCUACAUGUUUGGUCCCGACGCCAUGGCGGUUGAGGAGGUCACGGAGGGCGCCAGUCAGGACAACGUCAUCGUGGUGCGCGCGGCUCGGGCAGCCAAGCUUGGUGCGCGCGCCGGGCGCUUGAGCAGAGCAGUGAAGUUGUUGAAGAUGCUCCCAGGGAUGUCCACCAAGGAAGACGCUUCCAAGGUCAAGAUUGCCCGAGUUAUCUCCAAUCAGCUCAACACUGUCCUCUCAACUCGAGUAGCCUUCCUGACCAUUUGUGUCGUGGUGGUCUUGCCACUCUUCCAGAUGCUGCAAUAUCCCGAAAUGGAUGAUUCCAUGGGUACUUGGGCAGAGUUAUUGGACCGAAAUGCCGCAUUUUUCAAGCAGGCGACGAACAGUACAGAAAGACUUGAGCAACAAACUUUGCUACAGACAGAGGUGGAGCGUAUGAUGACAGCCUACGACAGCUUCUCAUACGGUCCAUUUCACGUGUGCUACGGUGAUCUGAGCAGCAGCGGAACUUUCGAGUGUCGUAACGAUCUGCUGAAUUUGAAUUACACUAGCAAAUUCAGUACGCCGCAGCGGAAAGCGUCCAUCCGGGAGUAUUCUCAGGAGGCGAUCCAGGUUUCGUUCAACUUGGUGGUGCCCAAACAAGAGGAGAGUGCCGCUGGAAUGGGUCUACUCUGCUUUGUGGUAUUGGUGAUGUGUAUCUUUGGCUUGCUGAUGAGUCAAUCCAUCAGUCAAGUUGCCCUCCUCCCGCUGGAACGGAUGCUUUCAGUGGUUCGGCAGCGAUGUCAGCAAAUCUUCAAAUACACCACCGACUUGAAGGACGAGGAAGAGUCUGAGGAUGAGGAUGACGACGACCAGGAGCUGGAACAGUCCAGUGAGUUUAUGUUGCUGGAGAAGGUCGUCAAGAAGCUGGCGGCUAUUGCACACCUCUCCUCCGUUGCGGGGGAGCCGGAAGUGAAGGAUAACAUGACGGAGAACGAAAUUAUGACACUGAAUUGGCUUCAGGGAGCGAGUGUGGCCAAUGGCAGGAAGAUGAUUGAAGGGGAGGAUGAGAAGAGCACCUCGAUGGCCAUCCCAACGCCUCGGGGUAAGGAGGGUCUCUCUGCCAUUACUGGCAAGAUCCCAGCAAACACCUUGGAGGAGCUCAACACUCCGGAUUUCAAUGCGUUGAGCCAGACAGUUGAGUUGAAGAUCGCCAUCGGGACCUAUGUGGUCUGGGUACAUGAGGGCUGUCUUGCUUGGGUGCGCGACAACGUGCCCGAGAAUACGCUCUUCAAAUUCAUGACUGCAGUCGAGGCGAAGUAUCCUUCGGAGAAUCCCUUCCACAACUUUUCUCACGGCCUGGACGUCCUGUACAACGUCUCUCGCUUCUGUAGAUUAGCCAACCUUCAAUCCACUUUCACUGAGACUUCGCAGUUUUGGCUGCUCAUUGCGGCGAGCGGCCAUGAUUUGGGACAUUUAGGCGUCAACAAUCAGUUCCUGGUGGAAACGACGCAUGAAGUCGCGGUGAAGUACAACGAUCGAUCGCCCUUAGAAAAUUUGCACUGCGCCAUGCUGUUCCAGAUCACCAACUCAUCCCCAGACACCAACGUCUUUUCCAACGUGGAUAAGGACACCUACAAAGAAAUGCGAAAAGGAAUUAUCGCUGCCAUUCUGCACACGGACAUGGUGAAGCACAACGAAAUGAUCAAGGAACUGAGUUUGUUGUAUCAGAUGAAUUCCGACGCCUUGGAUUCUCUGAAAGCCGACGGUGUCGUCAAAAGCUCGGCGGCCACCACGCAGACAUUGAUGAAUGCGCUGUUGCACUGCGCAGAUAUUGGAAAUCCGAUGAAGCCCUGGGAUCUUUGUUAUGAAUUGGCGCACCUGUGUCUGGAUGAAUUCUUCGCGCAGGGCGAUGUGGAGAAAGAGCGAGGCAUCCCGGUGCAAGUGUUGAACGACCGAGAGAAGGUGAAUAGGCCCAACUCGCAGGUCGGUUUCAUUGAGUUUGUCAUAUGUCCGAUGGCCGAAUCCAUCUGUAAUAUCUUCCCACAGCUGGACAAUUUGGCGCAUCACCUGGGCAUCAACGUGCAAAAUUGGCUUCAGCUUUGGAUCGACGAAGCGUCGCCACCUGAGGAGCAGACCAGCAAGGUGUCCGAACGCGUCCGACGUGUGGUGCUCCGCUUGAAGGCGGUCACCCGGGAAGAGCGUAACAUCCCAAUUGACUAGGCCGGUGGUUCACCGUGGACCUUGGGGGGGGGACAGUCUGGUAGCCAGCAAACAUUGCUGGGAAAUGCGAAAAAUGGUGGUUUUUGGUUGUAAAAUGAAGCGAUUCCUGCUGCGGUGGACCAUCCAUUGAUGUUUUGUGUUUCAUUCCCAGGACGACUACGGAAGAUCGUGUAGAGAACUUGGAAGUAGAACAUGAUUCUUGCCCAUGAGUAUCAUGAGUCCUGUUUUCUACCGACACUUUGCAUUGCACAUGUGAGAUUCACAUCUUCAGAAUACAGGAUCGUGCCCAGUUAUAAGUUUGUUUAUAAUUCCCUUCAGCUAUAGUUUAGAGUUAUAUCAUGUUAUAUCCCCCUAAUUAACCCUAGUUAUUGAACUUAUAAACCAACUUCGCCAACUAUGGGGACUAUGGGGCCCCAGGUGUCAAACAAGUCCGAAAAGGGAGAAACGAAUAUCAAACAUCGCUAUUUUACGCUAUUUUCAUAGGGAAAAUAACAUUAAUCAACCAUCAUUUCUUUUGUUGCCCCCUGACUUUUCAGGUACAAAACACCAGGACAUGGACACUCACCCAGUUUAGACUAUUGCAAGGAACCAAACAGCGGGGUCUUCUUGCCUCAAGCAGUAUACGUUCACAUUUGCCGUUGUAGUUGCGUGAUAGAGUUUACCACACAGAGCUAGUAGCAGGAAUAUAAAUCAGCAGUACCCUCUGGUAAACUAACAUAACUAUGGAAAGAUCCACCAUUUUUAAUGGGAAAAUGAGCUAUUUCAAUGGUCAUUUUCAAUAGCUAUGUAACAAAUUACCAGAGGGUAACCAGCAACAUGACCCACAGAUACUGCUUUCAGCUCCCAGGUCUUGCUCUGCCGAAUCCUGAUGCGUUCGCCGCUCCCACGAUCCCCACCAUCGGUCAAUGUCAAUUUUUGUAGCAGCAUUAUCC